UCAUGUUCGAAGUUCAUUUUUGUUUCUCUCUCAUCGGCAUCCAUGGCGGGCGUGGACAGAUUGGACAUGUUGCCUGAUGUUCUGUUAUCGAUGAUUGUCUCUUCUCUUCCUUUCAAGGAAGCCGUUAGAACUUCAAUUUUGUCCAAGCGUUGGGUGAGGAUUUGGCAGGCGACGAGAAAUAUCGAGUUGGAGGAGGUUUUCUUCGUCGGACAAGAGCCUACCGAUCAGCAAACCAGAGAUGCAAGGAGAAGAGGAUUCAUCGAGUUCUGUGUGAAGUUUCUCUCAGUCUACCAAGAACCGACGGUGCGUAAGUUCUCUCUCUCGUUGUCAAAUCCGAGAGGAGACCGCAGCGGCGGAUUCGUUGAUGAAUGCAUUCGAUUCGCUGUUUAUCGCAACGUCGAGGACUUAGAACUGGAUUUCUCCAACUCGGCGUGGAUCGAAGACGAUGACGACGGAGUUCAACCAGAAAGUAUGUUCGAUUUGCCUCCGAUCGUUUACGGUCACAAGAAUCUCCAGUCUCUGAAGCUUUACGCGUGCGGUUUCCGCCCGGCGGAGUUCGAGAACUUGAAGGCUCUGAGGCAUCUCUCUUUAGGAUGGCUUGAAGUAGGAAUUGGAGAGAUUAGGUAUUUUCUGAAGAAAUGCCCGCUGUUGGAGAGUUUAAAUCUAAAGAGGUGUUGGAACGCGACGCAUUUUGAAAUUUGGGGAAACAAAGAUAAUUUGAGACUGAGGCAUUUGGCGAUUGAGCAGUGCAAGUUUCUUAAUGAUUGGAUUUCGGUCGAGGCGCCUAAUUUGACGUACUUCAGAUACUCUGGCGGAGUAGGUUCAUUUCGUAUGGAUGUGAAUCGCUGUUUCGAAGAGGCUGAUCUUAGUUUUGAGAUCGAUGAUGAAGAUGACCAUUCUGAAAUUGCAAACCUUCUCUAUAUUCUUCUCGAUAGUCUGUAUUCUGCCAAAGUUUUGAGUGUUUGCAGUUCUCUGCUUCAGGUUAUCCCAAACGGAGAAGAGCCGAUUCAAAUGCAAGCACCAUUGAAUGUCCAACAUUUAACAUUGAGUACAAGCAUUCAUCCAAAUGAGUUUUAUGGCAUAGCUUUUCUCUUGAAUAGUUGUCCUCAUCUGAAUACCCUCACGCUCAUGCUUGGCGAGGGGAGUGUCUUGCAAGAAUAUGAGCCACCAUUUGCAUUGGACAUAACUAGGUUCUGGGAAACCAAUAUGACGAUCAUGACUUGCUUAUCAAAAUCGCUGGAGAUAGUGGAUGCCAGGGGAUUCACAGGGACGCCAAAUGAAAUCACCUUUUUGGCUUAUCUUAUUCACUAUAGUCGUCUAUUAAGAGCCGUCUUUGUUGCUGUUGAUUCUGAUGAUGGCUUUGAAAACACUCAAAUCUAUACUCGGAAAGCUCAGGUUCUCAACACCAUCAAACCAGCCUCUAGGAAUCUUCAGAUUCAUAUAUACUAAGUCAGUUAUGUAUUAUUGAGUAUUAAGGUAUUGUGUGUGCAAUGUGUUGUUGUUUAUGUCAUGUUAAGUGUGUUAUGUUAUGUUUUGCUAUGCUAUGUUAUGUGUGUUU